GAAGGAAGUGCAGUUACACUGAGGAAGGAUCAAAACAACAAAAUUGGUUUGCUGUUUUUACAGACAAAUUCAGGUGCAUAUCGAAUGCGAAAGGCUUCGAGAAGCCUGGGAUUUCUCUUUAAGUUCUGAUACAAAAGCUGGGAUGAAGAUUUUUGUAUCUAAUUUCAGUUUAUUUAAUGGCAGGUAUUGGAAAUUUCACAGUAAAAAGGAAGACAUUUUUAUCAGAAAUGUAAGUGCCUUAAGCCAUCGACAAAGAUAUUUACAUAAUCCAUAAAUUAAUCGUGCAAUGUUGAAUUUAAAGUUUGUGAUUGAAAUUGGUUACUUUGGUAUUGAAUUAAGCGAGCGCUAGAUACACAGAACUGUUUUGCGCGCGCGAGCGAGCUGGGAUCUUCAUUCUCCACGGCCGGUUGUCUCGGAUGUAUUUAAAUGCAAGGCAAGCUUUGUUGCACGAUUAGCAAGAUGGCUAGCUCCAUUAGCAAGGCAGCUUGAUAGGCCUGAAACGUUUAUGCGUUCUCUGUUUUUUUGAACGACACAUUUGACCGAGUUUAUUUGUUGUGGGCCAGUACAUAGCUAAUUGUUAGGCUAACUACAUUAGUACGACCAUUGUUGAAUAUCUUAACUAAAGUGUGCAAAGCAAGACAGGGUUGCAAAGACAAGUGACAUUUUGUUUAUCAGAAUUGAAUUGAUGACCUGACCUCCUGGUGGUGACAGAUUGCAGUGUAGUAUUCAAGCCUAGGUACUAAACAGGGGAUGAGUUAAUGCACUUUUGCAAAAGAAAACAUAAACUGUCAAGAUGAAACUCCUGGAAAAUUCAAGUUUUGAAGCCAUAAACACCAGACUCACCAUUGAAAUGGGAGACUGUCAGAUAAUAGGAAGGAUCGAAAGCUACUCUUGCAAGAUGGCAGGUGAGGACAAGCAGAUGUUCAAGCAGUUCUGCCAGGAGGGACUGCCUCAUGUCCUGGAAGCCCUGUCCCCUCCACAGUCCUCAGGAAUCAGCCCCAACAAGUUGAGCCAGAGUCAGAGUGGAGACGAGGGGGAGGGGCCUCUCUCUGACAAGUGCAGCAGGAAGACCCUCUUCUACCUGAUCGCCACCCUCAACGAAUCCUUCCGCCCCGACUAUGACUUCAGCCGCACCAAGAGCCACGACUUCAGCAGAGAGCCCAGCAUAAACUGGGUGUUCAACGCGGUGAACAGCAGUUUGUCGGCGGCGGCUGGGGAGGAGUACAGUCGGCUACAGCCCCAGCUGUGGGAGGCCAUCGACACAGAGAUCUGCCUGUCAGAGUGUGACAUCUACAGCUACAACCCAGACCUGGACUCUGACCCGUACGGAGAGGAGGGGAACAUGUGGUCCUUCAACUACUUCUUCUACAACACAAGGCUGAAGAGGAUCGUCUUCUUCACAUGCCGCUCGGUCAGUUUAUUCAUGGCCCCACGGGACUCUGGCUUUGGUAACGAACUGGAUCUGGAGCUGGAUGAAGAUUGUUAUGAUGAGAACAUGGAUGAAGAGAGUAGGUAUGGUGCCCUGUGUGCCCAGUGAUGCGCCAGUCCCAAUCUCAUACAGGAGCAGAUAGUAUACUUGGAUGUCUGUCUGUACCCACGUCGCCACCAUUUCUCUUACAACACAUCUUAAACUUGUUCGGGUUGGGAUUUUACUUAUAUUUUUCUUCUUCGUAAUUUGUGUGGUGGACCUCAUAUUUUAAUGCAGAAGUCAGACUGUGAGCGUGGAGCUCUGUUACUUUAUUUGUGUAUCGUUUUAGUUUUCCAUUGCUAUGUUCUCCUUACCUUGUUUAUCAGAAGCAAAAGCUUUAUGUUUGGCGUGUGUUUUGUUUGACCUAGUAUUGGAGCAGGUUCUGGCACUCAUUAAUUUGCAACAUAUUUCACAUUCUCUAUGCUGUUUCUUUGUUUUUGGUAAGAAAAGUUUGGGAUUUUUAUGAUCACGUUCAGUUUUUUCAGCUUUACCAUUCCAAAGUGUGGUUGUUCUAGUACCAAAUUGACUCAAGAUUUAGGUUUAGGACCCUUUUCAGACUGCAUGCUUGAGGGCAUGUUUUAAACACAAGGGGGCAGACUUAACUUAGCUGAUGAAAAAGUAACAUACCAGCUUGAAUCAGUCUGGCUCUUGGAUAUGUUCUACCUUCCAUACCAAUGCUACUCAAACCUACAAUGUUUUAAUUUAUUUAGCGACAGGACUUAGUGCAGUCUAUAGUUUUAUGGGUCAAGCCAGCAAAUACAAUUCUGCUGCAUCGCUGUUCCAAAAGCACUCCAGAAUCUAGUUCUGAUUCUCAAUUCCAUUAUGUGUUUUAAGGACUUGAGUGUGUCGGUGUGACACGUGAAUUCUCACACCAAAUACAAACUCUGCCUGUAGAGUGUACUGUUUGAACCUAAUUUACAUAUCUUGUAUUUUAAUAUAACUUUAAACGCCUUUUUAGGUAUUGCUUUAGUUGAACAGUUUUUAGUUUGUCUGAGUAGUUUUAUGAUAGCAGAAGUCUAGCUAUAGAGCAGGUUUCCCUUUAGUCCAACUGUUGCUCUCCCACUGUGUGGCGUUUUGAAACAAAUCUAGUCUGAGUUUCCUUUCACUGAAAAACUCCCAGUAGAGAUCUGUGAUGCCUAUCGUCCAACUUUCAUUAUCAAAUGACGCAUGAUGGAAAUAUACUUAAUAUAUAGAAUAACGCAUUUGUGACUAAUGGGAGGACUGAAGGCUACCUAUUUAGGCCUAGUAGUGUGAGUGGUUGAUUAGCCAGAAAUCGAUCCUCACAGCUACUGUAUCAGCAUUAUGUUUGUCCUACUGACUACUAGCAGGACCGUGUUUCUGUACGGAUGUAGGAUCUUCAUUUGAUCACCCUGUUGCAGGAUAACUUUCCUGCAAUGCAGGACAUUUCAAACUUGUGUAU